AUGCUAGGCUGUACCGGCAACUUUGAAAACCAAGAGGCGGAUCCCGCGCUCGAGCCGCAGGAUUUGUAUCUCCAUGGCUAUGUUUCUGGACGCAUGUUUCGGAGGGGGAGGGAGGCGGGUGGGGAUGCUGAGGGUGAGGAGGGAGAACGGGGGUUGCCGAUGACGGUUGCGGCGUCUUUCCUAGACGGCCUAGUCCUCUCCCUAACCCCCUUCCACAACUCCUGCAACUACCGCUCCGCCAUCGCCCACGGCUACGCCCACCCCGUAACCUCCCCCACCGAAUCCCUCUACGCCCUCCGCCUAAUCACAGACUCCCUCCUCCCCUCCCGCUGGUCCUCAUCCCGCACCCCGCCCACACCCGCAGAACUAUCCAGCACCGGCCUCCUCCGCAUCCGCAUCGUGUCUGCGAGCGCAAAGGUGCGUGUCGGCGGGCCCAAGGAGGAUCGCAAGGAUCUUAAGAAUGAGGAGUUGGUGGCAAGUACGUGGACUGGUGUGGUUCCGUUUUGGGGGACGUGGGGGGAUCCGGUGACGGCGGAGGGGAGUGGGAGGGGGGUGGAGGGGUAUGUUGAGGAGUGGAGGGUUGAGGAGACGGAGAAGGCACGAGAGUAUGCAGUUGAGGCUGUGGGGAUGAAAGGGAAGUAG